CCCAUUAAAUAUCUCUGCAAAUCUUCAAUAUCUCGACGGACGGCGUGAACCCCAUAAUUAACCCCCCUUUUAAGAACCAGCGAAAUCCGUGCUUCAGUCACUUGCUUAUUUAUUUCGUUUUCAUAAAAUCUUCCAUGGCGCAAGAGUUGGCCGAUGGCGAGUUUUGGCUGCCGCCGGAGUUCCUUAACGACGAAGACAUACUCAUGGACUUCUUGCCGGGAAAACCCAACUCCGGUACUCGUUCCAAACAGGGUUCUUCUGGAUUUUAUGGUUUUGGGUCAAACGGACCAAACUCGGAUCUGAGUUCUCCGGUGGAGUCUGUUAUGGGUUCUACCGAGACAGAGAGCGAUGAAGAAGAUUAUCUCGGCGGUUUGACCCGAAAGUUUGCUGGUACCACUCUUCAAGAAGAUUUCUGGAGAUCAGAUGCCAGUUUGAACUUCGAAAACCACCUCUCUAAGUCGACAAGGGUGAUGGCUGGCUCGCCACAAUCGACACUGUGUGGUUGUAAACAGGGUGGUUCAAGCAGGGGAAGCCCUAAUUGCUCUUCACCGCCAGCCACGGCGGCGCCCGUAAAACGCAACGACCCUUCUUUAGAUCUCCUACACGCUGCCGCCGGUGAAGUUGCUCGGAUGAGGAUGGUUGAAGAAGCCGCUGCGAGGUAUUACAACGCAAACAAAAAUUUCUUAGCCGCACAACCACCUCGAAGAACACCAAGCCAUAGCCUCCAUUAUCAACAACUUCAAGUUGCUCAAUUUCAGCAGUUGAGACAGCAACAAAUGGCGAAGCAACAGCAGUAUCUUGAAAUGAUACAGCAGCACAGAGCAAGAAGUGAAGGUGGGAACGGCCGGCCGGUGGUGGCUCCGCCGUUAUCUGCUUGGCCUACUCCACAACAAUCGCAACAGCAACCACAGACCCGACCACCUGGGUCGGGUAUGCGAGCUGUGUUCCUCGGAAACCCUAACACCAAACGAGAAUCCACCGGUACUGGUGUUUUCUUGCCUCGCCACAUUGGAGCCCCGACUGAACCCUUAAAGAAAAGAGGAUGUUCGACUGUUCUUCUUCCAGAUAGAGUUGUGCAGGCUCUAAACCUAAACCUGGAAGCCAUGGAAGCUGAAUCUAAGCUUCAAUCUCGUUGCAAUGGCGGCCCACUUGCUCCUGAUUACGAUGCUGAAAUGAUUUACCGGAGCAGUGUUCUGAUGGCCCAACAGAGGCGAAACAACCACCGGCAACAAGCGGCGGAGUUCCGAUUACCUCAAGAAUGGACGUAUUGAAGAUUAGGGAUUUUAGGAACAUAAUAUAAUAGUAGUAGUAGUAGUAGUAGUAUAGAGGAAGACGACGAAGAAGGAAGAAUUGAAGAUGGGUUUUGGUUUGUUUGAAUGAAUAAAGGAAUUGUUGGUGGCAAAAUGCUCCGUUUUGGGUUAGAAGGAGGAUUUGUGUUGGGAUUUGUUUCAGAAAAAUAAGGGUUUUUAGGGUUAGAAGAAGAAGUAGUAGAAACAGUCCCUUUUAACGUACAAGUUUUUAAUGCAGCAGAGAGGGGUUACUCUUUGGUUUUUGGAUAUGGGCUACUGCUACUGCUUUUGCUUUUAUUUUGGUGAUUUUUAUUUUCGUUUUGCUUCCGAAAGUUUGUAGGAAUGACAAUUCCAGCCCCUUGCAACAUUUUAUAAUAAGAUAACUAUAAAUUUGCUCUCUUUAAA